AUGGCUUUCGUGAGAAAUCUAUUGGGUGCCAAAAACAUUCUUGGCCGCUCCGUAACAGCAGCAGCCGCAGCAAGAAAAAGGUCAACCUCCGCGGUGCCAAAAGGGUUUCUUGCGGUGUACGUUGGAGAGAGCCAGAACAAGAGAUAUGUGGUGCCGAUCUCAUACUUGAGCCAGCCUUCUUUUCAAGCUCUUCUCAGCAAAUCCGAAGAAGAGUUUGGGUUCGAUCAUCCAAUGGGUGCCUUAACGAUCCCUUGCCCUGAAGAUACCUUCAUCGAUGUGACGUCUCGGCUCCAAUGA